AGCGACAUAUUACCCAACUUUGUAUCACACCUAUGUUGAGCUGGAGAGAGCGGUGUUGACAUCCAAUACUAAAAUCCGGGUUCCGAUAGCGGCUGAUGAUGAUGUCUUUCCAUCUUUCUCUGGAGUUGGUUACGCAAUUUUCCCACCAUAUAAGGAGUACGCAGUUGUUGUGGCCAUCCCCAAGACAAGUAAAUAUCACGUCAUCUUUCACUACGCGCUCAGAAAUAACCAACGUUCCUCUGCGAAAGUGGAGCUAUAUCUAAGAGGCUCGUUGCUUAAACCAUACAACUUUGAGGUACAGUUUCCCCCACGGAAUCCAAAUGAACAACAAACCAAGAACUUAAGACUUACCGUAAAUAAAAGAGGUGUAAACAAAGAGUUUGAGUUGGAUAAAGGUGCUUGGACUGUUGCUAUAACAUCCCACAGCACAAUGUUGUUGUUGGAUUACAUUGUAUUUUUACCACAAGAUUAUUACAACGCAGACCUUCUCAAUGACGUGCAAUCAGGACCAUGUAUGCUGCGGACCUCCAAACCGGAGGGCUGUGAUAUGUAUACAUAUUAUGACCCUAGAAGUCCAUCAAUCGUCACUGUGUCUGGGAACCGUGCUUACACGCACCCAUUCAGAAGGCAGGCCUAUUUAUUCACAGAUACACUAUACUACCUAGAUGAACCCAAACUCUCUAAUAUGGCCUUGCUGGGAGAAAGUCAGCCUAUCCUAGGUUUCGACAUCACAGUACCAGAGUCUGGGCCUUACGUUGUCAUGGCCACUUACGUCCAUCCGGAGAGAUUCAUUCACCGAGUAUCCAUCACAAUAGGUAACCAGCGAGGGACGAUGGAGAUUCUGCCAUGCAAAUACCAGUUUUUAUGCCGCCAGUUUGCUAUGGAUGGCAACAAGCGCCCUAAGAACUAUGAGCUUAAGGCCAGACAGACCAUUGGGAUUAAAAUUGAAAGCUCUGCAUCUGCUAAGAUCGGCGUGAGUUCUGUCACCGUCAUACCUCAAGCAAAGUGGAACAUACAGUACAUCGAACCCAGGCUUCUUUGCAGAAUGGUCAAUAAAACAUGCUUUCCUGCCACUUAUCCAAUACCUGAGAACGCAUUUCAGCUGGUUGCAUUUUCUCACCGGACUAAAGAUAAGAUGACAUCAAUUUUCAACGGGGCUGUCAAGGCCUUUGUGUCGUACCGCAUAAUCAUACACUAUCGACAGUCUAACAGUCUAUCUAAGAAAGUUGAAGAACUAUCGAUUACUAGCCACCAAAAGCCGAAUAUUCCCGUAACGUUCCACUACUGUCCUGCCGAUCCCGGCUGCCGUGUCGUCGUCGGGGAAGAGGAAGCCUUAAAGUUCGUGUUCAACCGAGGGAUUUUCACUGCCACGAUACAACACGAGAGGCGAACUCUACUGUCGUAUCUACUUCUCGUGCCUCAAAACGUCUACUCCACAAGCCUUCUUGAGCUACAGUCUAGCGACAAAGUUACUGAAUUUUUGCAAAGUUGUGGUAAAGACCAUUUCCAUAUAAACCCAGUUCGCGGGCGACAGUGUCGGCAGGAUGUGUUCUCUUUGACGAUGCGUUUCAUAGGAGGUCCUUUACGAUGCACGUGCAACGUUUUGGGCUCAAGGUCCUCGGUCUGUGAGGAGUUUGGUGGGCAGUGCUUGUGCCGGACCAAUGUGGUGGGUAGGAAGUGUGACAGAUGUAAGCUUGGUCACGCUGGAUUCCCACGCUGUAGACGGUGUGGCUGCCACAUGGUGGGAUCAGUUUCUCCUACUUGUAGUACAAACGGACGGUGCCGCUGCAAGCCUGGAUUUGGAGGAUACAAGUGCGACAGAUGUAUAUCUUCCACUUAUUAUGGAUUCCCAAAUUGCAAGCCUUGCGCUUGCAACACUCGUGGCUCAUUAAGCACUUUCUGUCGCUCAAGAGAUGGCCAAUGUCAGUGCAGGCGAAAUUUCAAUGGAAAGAAAUGCAACGAGUGCAGAAUUGGCUAUUAUGAUUUUCCAAGCUGUAAGAAGUGUAGCUGUGAACCAGCUGGAAUCAAAUUACUCCCUGGUGAAAAGAAUGGAUGUGGAUCUGUCGAUAAUACUAACUGCAGGUGCAAAGAUAACGUGAUGGGUGACAAGUGUGACAGCUGCAAACCGUUCCACUUUAAUCUUCGUAUAAAUAACCCUUUGGGUUGUCAGUCAUGUGGCUGCAACACUAAUGGAUCUUUGGGAUUGAUCAAAACGUGUCACGAGACCACUGGACAGUGCCUCUGUAAGAGUCACGUAACUGGUCGCCAAUGUGACCAAUGCAAAGAAGGCUAUUACAGCAUCGAAGGACCAAAUGCAUUCGGCUGUAAACGUUGCUCAUGUAAUGCUGGUGGCUCUCUUAGCACAUCUUGUAACGAAAUCACAGGACAGUGCCCAUGCUUGCCGGGUAUCGGUGGAAACCAGUGUGACAGGGUUAAGUCUGAUGACUAUUACUACCCCACACUUCAUCAAUAUAAAGUCGAGUUAGAAGAUGCGGUCUCCACUGACAAUGGCAGAUCAGCUUACUCCAGAUACGACGAGAGUGAAUUUCCGGGAUUUUCAUGGCGAGGUUACGCAGUUUUCUCGCAGUCUCAGACAUCUAUAUAUAUGAUGAUUGAUGUUCCUCGAACAAGUAAAUACCAACUGGUAUUCUAUUACUUAUUGGCCCGAUACGCCACCGUGACGGCCUUAGUGAGAUUUACUCCGACAGUGAACUCAGCUCUAUUUCCAUCAGGCUCUGCGACAGAGCAGACGCUGGAUGUCCGAUUCCGAGCAACAUCCAAUUGGUUCUACCGCUCAGCUGACUUCCUUGUGGUCAGAGACACUUGGGGAGACCCACAGCAAAUUAUGCUGAGUCAGGGAAAAUGGAAAUUUACGAUGUCGGCCUCCGCUACUGAUCUUUUCGUGGACUACAUGGUGCUACUACCAGAGGAAUAUUACAAACCGAAGAACCUCAAAGUUAACGUCUUUAGUCCUUGUAAACUUAGAGGGGACGAUAGCCAUUGCUCUCACUUAGCCUUCCCCAGCCUCAAACAAGACGGGUUUGUGACUAUCCAAGCAGAGGACAGUUCGGUUGUUGGUGGCGUACGAAGAAACCGACGAGUAACGGAUAUUCCCUUCCAUGGGCUUAUUCUGACUGGCUCUAGGAAUGAAAUGUCCUUCAGUUUACCGUCUAAAGUGCAAGGCCAGUUUGUCCUGUUGGCCAGCUAUUUCCACGAUUCUGAUAAAGAAGGAGUCUCAGCUCUGGUUGUUAAAACUGGCUCUGAAAUCUUAAGAGCGCAAAUGAGCAUUCUCUCCUGCAGAUAUCGUUUUGGCUGUCGACAAGUAGCCAUCGACAAGAACCAUGGUGUUGCUGUAUUCACAGCAAAUCAAAAGGAAGAAACCACCGUCAGUAUGACAACCUCGUUAACAAUCGCUUUGGACUUCAUUACUGCUGUUCCUCUCGCCAAAUGGAGCCAGAAGCUCUUGUUACCAGCAACACAGUGCAUCAGUAACGGUUUCUCGUGUGUACAGUCAACGUAUUUUACUCCGAAAGAUGCCGUUAAGGUAGAGGCUGAAGACAGGUUGAACGGUGGCGAUAAAGCCCCUUACUACAUCAUGGACAGGAGGGCUAGACUGAAGCACCUGAAAGUGGGAGAGAAAACUCUUCACAUCAAUGGAAGAGCGCGAACUGGUCGCUAUUACGUCAUUGUGCAUUUCUACCAGCCGAACUUCCUCUCCUUCCUGGGAAAAGUUGUCGUCAGUGGACAGAACGCUGCGUCCACGCUGCUGACGUUCAGCUACUGCCCUCACGUAUCGGGCUGCAGAGCCAUAGGUACCUCACAGUACAGGGAGGGUAUGCGUGAAUCUAUCUACAUUGGGCGACAGAAUGACAUACUUGUCAGUAUAGCUAUUCCUGAGGACAAAGGUGUAUGGAUUGAUUACGUGUUAUUGGUUCCAAUCUCGUCCUUCUCACCAUCCCUUCUGGAUAUAAAACCCAUCGAUAUCACGCAAGAUUUUAUACAGGACUGUGGACAACGCAGCUUUUUCUUGAAAGAAUCUACCUCACAAUUCUGCCUUCGCUCUGCAUUUAUCCUCACAACUCGAUUCAACAACGGUGCAUUAUCAUGCAACUGCGAUAGCCUGGGAGCUACAAAAACGAGCUGUCAGCCAUUCGGCGGACAGUGUGUGUGUCGACCUAACGUGAUUGGUCGAGCAUGCGACAAAUGUAGAAGCGGUUAUAGCGGGUUUCCUUACUGCAAGAGAUGAAAGACAUAUCAAGCGAUCGACAAACAAAUCGAGUUAUAUUUCCAGUAGCUAGUCAUACCCAUUAUUCUCACGGCUUUGGCGUAUUAUCAUUAAAAGAGAGAAUCGUACUAAGAAAUCGAGCUUCCCCUAUGGGCCUUAAUCCCGAGAGAACCCCUGUAAAGUUCUUUUUUGAGGAAUGAAGUCCAUAUGAGCAGUUAGUCUCUACGUCUAAUCUUCUCUUGAGCAUGCGCACCACUUUUGAUAUAGCGUAUCAAUUUCACAACGAAAGGCCACUUCGCAUACAAAACUUUAGGGCUGGCUCUUGACUCAUCGUGCUCAAACAAAAUUGCAUUGAAAUAUAAUGUUCUUCAUUUGUAUAUGUAUAGCGAUAUCUUCCCGUUUGGGGUCUAUCUUUGGAGAGUUAAAUAUAUAUCAAUUUUUUAAAAGAAAUAAAAAAGCUUUUCUAAGGUAA